GCAGCGCAGCCGCAGCCUGCAGUUUCCUUGGCGGCAACCGAAGUUGGUGAUGUACAACAAAAGGAACAGCCCGCAGUGCCCACUUCCAAGCAGGAAGCAGAAAAGAGUGGCAGCGGCGAAGGACAGGCCACUCAGCCGCCAGCGGGGGCGGCUGCUCAAGCGGCGACCACCACCAACGCCACAAGUGCAGCGCAGGCGGCGCCCAGCGACAGUGACGGCAGCGGCACCGCGGCUUCGCACUCCGCCUCCUCCCUUGCGCUCUUUCUUCUGCUUGCGAGUGCGGCUGCCGCUGCGAUGCUGGCCGCGUGA